GAACGCGAUUUCCAUCAGGACAUAGCUCGCGGGAUCUUCAAGGACACUUGAAUCAAAACUUAUUCGCAUCCCCAAAGCCACUACUUUGGUAAAGUCCCAUGGUGGCAACUGAUUUUUGCUAGUAAGAGCUCAAACAAAGUCAAUUGACUGCCUGCAGCUGAAGGCGACAGCACCUGAGGAAGCUACUUCAUACCUGAAUCCUACCGUUGUGAAAGAAGCUAAUAAUCAUAUAAGCACACAACUAUUGGCUCUCUUCGCUGUGACGGUGCUUCCUUUUCUUUCUUCUCCCCUCAACACCAAAAGCACCGUUUGCUUCACGCGUCUGACCUGAUACACAAUCACGAAGACAACGAUCAGAGGUGCCCGAAAUCAAUCGCGUCCAACAUCCCCAACCCUCAGCAUGGACGAUGUACCCAAGCAGAAAUACCACGUUCGCGACUUGGGAACUCGGUCAGUGAACUUGUUUCCCACCCGAGCUGAGGUCUUUCGUGACAUCAAGGAUGUUCAAUUGAAGUCGGGUCCGAACCAGAUCAUUCUGGUCGGUUUGUCGCCCACAGUCGAUGAGCAGUCCAUCAAAGUUGAAGGAACUGGGCCAGCCAUCAUUACGGACAUCGCCGUUCAGCUUCUUCCCAACCGCGACAUUUUUCAGGACAUAUACCCCGACUCGGAUGACGAGGAGUCGGACAGCGAUUCCGGAUCAGACGAAGACUAUGGUGAUCACGAGGAUAGUGGGGAGCUCAAAGCAUUGCGCGAGCAAAUAUGCCUCUUGCGCGACGAGGAAAAGAGUGCCAAGGAGAUCGUGGCGAGCGCUGAGACUCGCCUGAAGAUCCUCGACGAUUAUAGCCGCAUGUUGACGACGUACCGCAAGGAUCAGGCCGCUCCAUCUAUCGAGGAAGGCGUUGAGACUUACCGAACAGAAAGAGUGAAAGUAUUUCGCGAUCAUAUGAACGGCAUGAUCAAAAGUCGCGAGAUCUCCAAGAAGAUGGACGGACUGACCAAGGAGGAGAAUCGCCUGAUUAAGCAGGCUGAUAAGGAGAAAGCCAAGGCGCUCAAGAUGAAGGCCAAACGACUCAGAGAAAAGGCUAUGGUGAUCGAGAAGGGAACCAGAAGAAAGAGGGAGAUGCUCCAGGAAAGGCUUAGAAUCCGCAAGGAGCGCGAAUCCUUCUGGCCAAGGAAUGUUGACACGGUCAAAAUCAGCCUGGACGUUACCAACUUCACCCCGAUAACAUCGCGUCAUAACUCCAUGGCCAGCGACACGGUCGAGGCUGUUCCAGACAAGGCAUCCGAACAAGGCGAAUCUGACGCGUCCACCAUCUCUUGUGAUCUCUCUGUUAGCUACGUUACCACCCACGCUUACUGGGCACCCAGCUACGACCUGGCCUUAUCGACCACGUCCAACUCGGGCCAUCUGUGUUUCGAUUCCCGGCUGACCAACAUGACUUCGGAAACAUGGAGCAACUGCAAGGUAAUCCUGUCCACGUCCCAGACUGACUUCUCUAGGUUGAACGACACCAUCCCCACCCUCGUCCCUUGGCGAGUCCGGCUUGCAGGCAAGGGGAGUUCUGGUGCAUAUACGGACAUCAUGUACUCUCGGGAUGAACAGUCACACAAGGCCGGUUGGAAUGAGCAGACUUUUCGCCAUUCGCAGAAACCGCGCUCGGAUAUGUUCGGUGUUGAUGGUCCCUACACCACAGGCAGUCUCUUCGGCCAGCUUCCUGCAAAUAACCGCGGCACAGAAGGUCUCCAGCGUGUCCAGACCAAUAAUCAACCUCAAUCUACUGGUUUUGGCGUUGCCAACAUCCAGUCCAGUGCUGGUGCCCUAUUCGGAUUCGGUACUACGGCUAGACCCGCCCCUCCACCUGCUGCGCCGGUUUCUCGUCGUAGCGACGUGUAUAGUCUAGAGAUACCCGAGACCGAAGUCAACUGCGACGAAGACGAAGGAUACUCCGCCUCUUUCAUAGAACCCCAACCUGAGCUCGCAUUUCAGGAUUCCACAUUCGAGGAGACUGGUUUCACAAGCACCUACGACCUUCCCGGCCUCAAGACUCUUGCUCCAUCUUCUACAGUCUCCAAGCAACGCGUCGCUCGGGUCACGUUUACCAGUGUCUCCUUCAGCCACACGGUCGUCGCCAAGUACAAGCCUGUAGCAUUCCUCAAGGCGAAACUGAGAAAUGGCAGCAACCUGACUCUACUCAAGGGCCAGACAGGAUUGACUCUCGAUGUCACCUUCAUGGGUCGUACUACACUGCCUCGAUGCAGCCCGGGUGACACCUUCACUCUUAGCCUUGGAGUCGACCCAGCAAUCCAAGUCGCCUACCCCAAGCCCCAGGUUAAGCGCAGCCAGUCCGGCUUGUUCUCCAAAGAAGACGGUGUUCACUACACACGAGCCAUUACUCUGUCCAAUACCCGAUCCGGCUCCAAGGGCAAGCCCGUGCAGCUGACAGUCUUGGGCCAGAUUCCCGUCAGCGAGGAUGAGCGCCUACGCAUCGAUAUCCUCCACCCUAGAGGUCUGGUGGUCGGUAGUGUUGGUGUUGGUGCUGGCGUUCCCGGUAGAGAAGGCAAAGAGGAAAAAGACUGGGGUAAGGCGGUGGCUCAACUCAAGAAGGAUGGCGAGGUUUCCUGGGAUGUCACCCUCAAUGCGGGACGCAUGGUCAAGUUGGACUUGGAGUAUGAAUGUGCUUUCCCAGCAGGAGACCAUGUCGUCAACGUCUAGUGGGCCGUGAAGGAAAUCUUCCGGAAGCUGGGGAUGGGUGGAGGACACUGCAUCGUUCAGAAACGACAACGAAUUAGGAUGUCAUAGGAUGGGACGCCGCGUGAUGAGUUAGGAUACCGUAGGAUCCGCAGAGUGAGUACAGAACGAAUGACAAAAGCC